AGCAAGUUCGCCACGAUUUUGCCAUAGUAUUGCCUAAAAUGGAGCAGAUGGUUGGGAAAUCUUUCAUUAGUUCUGCUAUAUCCGAUGCGAUGUUCAAGUUCGCCCUGACAAGUUUGCAUAAAUAUGCGACGAUCAAGUCAAAGGAAGAUUUUGUUUUUAGUCCGUACAGCAUAUAUCAGGAACUUUUCUCGGUUUACCUUAUCUCCAGUGGUGAUAUUGAACAGCGUUUAAAGAACAUUCUUUAUUUACCGAAUGUCUCUAAAUAUGAGUUGAUGAGAAUCAUUAAAUUUGAUAAAUAUUCCUCAAUACAUCAUAAAUACGCUACAAAACGGCCUGCAGGGUAUGAGAAUGCUGCCUUUAAUCAGCCUCAACUGUACGCGGUUGACAAUAAAUGUAUUUUUUUAAACACAACACUUCGUAAAAACAUCGAAAUAAUAACAAAACUGUACAAUUGUGGAUUCACAUCUAAUGAGAGCAAUGAUAUUCACGAUAUAAAUAGAAUGACCAAUAAAAUUUUAAAAAGCUCUACAGACGAUUACAAUUUUAAACCGUUGAAAUUAGAAGUAAAAAGAGAAGCUAUGGACAUUAUUUUGAUGAACGUGCAUAAUUUCCACGGUCCAUAUCAAUCAAUCUCACAAUGGAAAAUUAAUGAGAUGAACGUCAACCGAUUAAUGUCAAAUACUUCUUCCUCUCUAAGUUUUAAAACGUGUUAUCAAACUAGCACGUUGUACGAAGGACAGUCGACCAGCAAAAAAAACAAAAAGGUUAAAACUGAUACGAGCAGCACUAGUCUUUUCAGCUUGUACGAAAGAGAGUCGACCAGCGAAGAAAUGCGUGUAAACGUUAAAACUGAUACGAGCAGCACUAGUCUUUCUAUCCUGAACGAACAAUUGUCAACCAGCGAAGGAAUGCGUAUAGAAAAUGAUACGAGCAGCAUUAGCCUUCCCAGCUUGUACGAAAGAGAGUCGACCAGCGAAGAAUGCGUGUAA